AUGGUUCAAUCAGUCCUCUCGUCUGCCUUCUUGAUGACUCCCUCUCCCUUGCCCUCUCGAUUCCUUCCCUUGCCUCUGUGGCGCACUCCGUGCUGUACGCCAGACCGCCGCCUCCCCUUUUGCUUCUGCGCUGGUCCUGUCCCGCCUCGCUUCGUAGGUCCUCCGCACUCAUCCGUGCUCCUGCUCGCCCCCACUGCCGCUCUGGCGAGCAAUGCGCCCUCGCCCAUCCUUCCCUUAGCGUUCCGCACUGCCAGUGCCUCUCAGGCGGUGGGGAUCUCUCGUCCCUUCUUCCUCCAUGCCCGCGGUGACUUUCUUGCAGAUGCCACUCCUCCUCCCAUCUCCCUCCCUGCUUAUGCUGCAGAUCUGGCGAACGUGCCUCGCCCCUUGCCCUUCCCUCGUUGUGCCGAUGCGGAUCAGGCGAGCCACACUCGCCAGUCCGUCUUCUAUCUCAUUGCCAAUGCUCAUCAGGCGAGCGCGCCCCGCCUCCCUGCCUCCCAUCAUGGUGCCGACGCGGAGCAGGCGAGCGCGGCCCUCCGUUCCACCCUCCUCCGCGCUGCCGACGCGGAUCAGGCGAGCACGACCCUCCGUUCCGCACUCCUCCGCGUUGCUGACGCGGAUCAGACAAGCGUGACCCUCCGUUCCGCCCUCCUCCGCGCUGCCGACGCGGAUCAGGCGAGCGCGACCCUCCGUUCCGCCCUCCUCCGCGCUGCCGACACGGAUCAGGCGAGCGCGACCCUCCGUUCCACCCUCCUCCGCGCUGCUGACGCGGAUCAGGCGAGCGCGACCCUCCGUUCCGCCCUCCUCCGCGCUGCCGACGCGGAUCAGGUGAGAACUCGUCCCUGGGCACUUCAUAUCGCAUCUCCGCUCGCCCCCGCUGCUGCUCUGACGAAUGAUUCGCCUUCGCUCGCGCGUCCCGGCUGCUUCCAUGCUGCCGCUCUACCCCUCGCGAAGGUGACCACGCGUCACGCCUUCCUCUACGUGGCCGAUGCGGGUCUGGCGAGCGUAAUUCAUCACUUCGCCUUCCCCCUCCCUGCCGAUGCAGAUCUGGCGAGCACGACCUGUCGCCUCGCCUUCCUCUGCACAUGUGAUGCAGAUCUGAUGCAUGCGGCCCCUCUUUUCGCCUUCCUUCGUCCUGCCGACGCGUAUCUAGAGGAUGAUCUUCUUCCGCACGCUCAUACGUCAUGGUGCUCCCGCGGUCUCCUCCACCGCGACGGCGCUCCCCUUCUCCCGGCAAUCUUGGCGCUCCCGUAUCUCGGCGACGUCGUCCGCCGCCUCCCUCUUCUCGUCGUCCAUCAAGCCGCCACGGAUCGCCGCCCGUCAUGGCAGAUCCCGAUCCGUCUCCGCCUUCGCAAACUGAUCCGCCUCCGCAUCGUUCACGCGUGA